UUAUAAUCUGAAGCUCAGAGCGAGUAUACUGUUUAACUUUAACAGUUAUUUAUUUCUGUGAAAAAUGGAUUCUGAAAACGGAAUUGCAACUAAAUCCGAACCAAAACCUUUUGACAAAAAUGAGUACCGUUUGAAAACGUUCCAGAUUUCUUUAAAUCUUCUGUCUCAUAUAUUAAUUGGUAUAACAGUGGGUGUAGCCAUAACUUUCGCAUGCAGAGGAGGAUUACCAUUAAAUGCAACAUCAAUCCACAUAGUGUUAUGUGUAAUUGGGUACCAACUCUUAAUGGCACAAGCAAUCCUGAGCCUGUCUCCGCACAACAGCUGGUCUGCUCAUCUGAAGAUGGUAGACAAAAGACGAGCGCACUGGAUCCUGCAGAUUUUGGGCUCCGUGCUGGCUAUCGUUGGCAGUUUCAUCAAAAUUGUGGACAAACCUAUUCAUUGGAAUAGUUACCAUGGACAAUUUGCUCUGGUAGCCCUCGUAUUCACAGUAGUGAGCAUGGUCAACGGGCUCACAUCGCUCUACGCCUACGAACUCCGCAAGUUCAUUCCUGCAAAGCUAUCCAAACUCACCCACAUUUGCUUUGGAGUCGUCGGCUUUGCCACGGCUGGCAUCAGUCUCUGCUACGGAAUGGACAAGGCUUCUUUCAAGACCUGGGCUGGUCUCGCUAAUACCUAUACUUUGAUAGGAUUCGUGGGAGCCUUCACAGCCAUCAUAAUUAUUGCACCAUUGUUAACUUUCUUCUCAAAAUUUAAACGCAACUAGUGAGAACCUUAUUCCGAAUCGACUCGUAUUAGGUACUAUUUAUUUAUAAUGCCGAUGAAUAACCUAGUUUCAUAAGUGUACAAAUGUAUAUAGAAACAUCUUUAAAAUAUUUUGCACGAUGAGAGAUAUUGGUAAUUUAAGUUUACAAUAAAUUAAAAAUCAAACCUCCAU